AUGACUACAUUGAAGGAAGUUGUAACAUUCAAGGACGUGGCUGUGGCCUUCACUGAGGAGGAGCUGGGACUCCUGGACCCGACCCAGAGGAUGCUGUACCGAGAUGUGAUGGUAGAAAAUUUCAAAAACCUGAUCUCAGUGGCAUACACCCCCUGGGCUGAUUCCAUCUGA